UUUAAAAAUAUACUAUACAAAAUGCACAAAAGGAGAAGACAAAUAUGGCGUUAUCCUUAUUAUACACAAGCAGCGUUAUUUUUACUUCAAUGGACGGCACAAGCCCUAAGUUGUAUAUCCUCAGGCCAAAGAUCCAUGUCACCAGCUGCAUUUUCUGCCCCAACUUAUCAAGCUGGAGGAGGAAGUGGGGGAGGAGGUGGCCCAGCUAAUGCGGCUGCUAGAGGAGCUCCAAAUUUACCUUUAACUCCAAUCGGAACUAGAGGGGAACCUCCAAUUGGCCAGUCAGCCCAAGCAUUACUUGGAAGUCGUGUAGGGUUAGCCGAAUUUGGAUCGGAAGGCUAUAACUCGCAGGGUGGUGGUCCUGUAGUUGAUGGUGAGGCUUUGAGUUGCAACUUUGAAGGAGAACCUUGUUGUUGGGCAAAUAUCCCAACACCCAGUGAUGAUCAAAUUGAUUGGUAUUUAGUUCAGGGUACUCCAGAAAGUAUCCAUUUAAGAAAUAUUUCAAUGAAAGGACGUUAUUUGUUUGCUUAUGCAAAAGGGGCAGGUCCUUCAGAUGAAGCCCAACUUUCUUCUUGUGCUAUAACUUGUGCAAGUUCUCCAAUUAAAGUUAGAGCUAGACAUUGGCAAUCAUCUAAUGUUUUACUUCAAGUUUGUCAGAGAGAAUCAUUUCCAGCUACUUUAGGCUUCAAUCCUUUACUAAACUGCCAGGAGUUUCCAUCGCCUGGACAUGUGGCCUAUACAGAAUUGGCAUUACCUAAAGCUUCUUAUGUUGACAUUGUUUUUGUUGCCAGUAAUUUUAUUGAUGAAACAAUAGGGGAUAUUGCAUUUUUGGAUGAUAUUGAAAUUCUUUAUGAGAGAAGACCCCCAGAUUGUGCUGGCCCUCCUACACAAACAGCAACUAGCAGUACACAAAAAAUAUCAAUAAAAUCAACUAAAAAAAUUAAAACAACAACAGAAAAUUUAAUAAAAACAACAACGAUUCCUUUAAUUGAAGAAACAGAAAAUGGAGGAAAUGAAAGAAAUCUGGAAGGAAAAGAGGAUUCAAGACCAGAAAUUACCGAAAGUGAAAACAAAAUUCCAAAAGAGUCGGCUGCUUCAGGUUCAGCUGCUUCAUCUUCAAUAGUUCUUGUUUCAGACAAAGUUGAAGAAGGAAUUCCCCCUGUUGAUAGGGAACCUGUUCCAUUAUCACAAGGCGAAGAAAGUAUUAAUGCAAAAGCUCAUGGAGUAAUAGCAAAAAGUGGAGAUGAAGUAGUUGUUCCAUCAACAACUUCCUCUAUUGACUCUGCAACAUGCCAGUCAAUUAAAUGUUCUUUUGAAGAUGAGUCUAGCUCUUAUGCAGCAGUAUUUCUUUAUCCGCGUGAAAAAGCUGGAUUAUGGACAAAUAUUAAUGGAAAUUCAGAGAAUAAUAUAAAUUCUUUAUCAGAACCAACAAGAAUUAGAUUUCAAUAUUAUGAAGGAACACACGGAGUUCAAUUAAAGGGAUGUUGCGCUUUAAAUUCUGUUACAACUGGAAGUGAAACGACAGAAGAAGGAAAUUUAGAUUGCCCUUUUCUUUCUGAUAAAUUUGUUUCUGUUUCUGAUAGAAUGUGGAAAUGGGGAACUUUUGUAUGUCCUAAAGGAACUAAAAGGGGUGCUUGUGCUCUAGAUGAUAUUGCUGUUGUGGAAAAUAGAGAGGAUAUUAAUAUGAAUGAUAAACCCGUCUGUUAA